UGACUGUCACACAGCACACCGUUUGAAAAGAAUAGUCUGCAGUCGACCUGUCUUGCACCCCAGUUCGUUCACUUUCACUCCGCCGGACUGAACCCCUCACAGACCCGCGGACGGAGAUAAAAGAUUUAUCUACUUGAUAAUGGUGCGGCUUCGACUGUGGACAACGGGGCUCGUGGCCUUGGCCCUCUGUCUCCCUCUCGCACCGGGAGAGGACUCCGGCCCCUCACUGGAGGAAGGUGGGAACCAACGCCCUGCUGGGGUGGUGAGGAAGGAGUCCCACCCUGUCCUGUCCAGGAAGAAGAGAGAUUGGAUAUGGAACUCUCUCUAUGUGGAGGAGGAGAAGCCUGUACCCAAACCCUACAAGAUAGGACAGCUGAAGUCAAACAAGAACGUGGAUGUGAAGAGAUUCAAGAUCGAAGGCGAGGGGGCUAACUCCAUCUUCACCGUGGAUCACAAAGGAGAUCUGUUUGUUACCAAGACUCUGGACAGGGAGGAAAAGAGCAUGUACAACCUGACCGCUAAGAUGUAUGAUGGGAACAACAAGCUGAUGGAGGACGCCGGAGAGUUUGUCGUCCACGUGACGGAUAUCAAUGAUAACAGCCCAGUCUUCCCCAGGACGUACAAUGGAUCCAUAAUGGAGAGGUCCAAGAUAGGAACUAAAGUAGUUGAGGUGAGGGCGACUGAUGCGGAUGACCCCACCACAGCUAAUGGAGAGCUAAGGUACUCCUUGAGACCAGAGGGUGACCGUUCUGUCUUUGAAAUUGACAGUUUCACAGGUAUGAUUAGCUCCAGGACAGAUUCUCUGGAUCGUGAGACUAAGGGCCAGUAUGUGGUGGUGGUUCAGGCCCAGGACACCAGGGGUAUGGCCUCUGGUAGCACAGCCACCACCUCUGUCACCCUCACCGUCAUGGACCUCAACGACAACAUGGCCUCAUUUACCAAACAGCUAUACGAGCUGCAGGUUCCAGAGAACCAUAAGCUGAAGGAGAAGAUAGGCACCCUGCUGUUGGAGGACCGAGACCAGAUUCAGAAUAAAGACCCCAUCUUCACCAUCACGCCACCAUUUAACAGUAUAUUCGAUGUGGAAAGCAGCACCAGUAAAGAUGGCAACCUAAUGCUUAAACAGGCCCUGGACUAUGAGACCAAGAGCAGCUACAGUUUCAGUGUUCAUGUACGGGAGAACAACUUUCAGUUCCCUGCGGACAACAAAGAUACCGCUCUCACCAAGACCCAGGUGAACAUCAGGGUAAUAGAUGUGGAUGAGCCACCAGUCUUCUCCAAGGCCAUCUACAAUUUCAAUGUGAUGGAGGAAACCAUAGUAACCAACAUAGGAGCAGUCACUGCCAGAGAUCCAGACAAAGCCAACAAAAGUAUACGAUAUUCAAUAGAAGAUAAGGAUUGCCCCAUUGGUAUCAACCCAAUCACAGGCCAGCUUUCUACACUGAGGAAGCUGGACAGAGAACUGAAAGCCACUCACAUUUUCCAGGUCAAGGCAGAGGAAGAGCCAAGUGGUUUGCAGUCCUUUGUUAAAGUUAACGUUUUAGUGCAAGACAUCAAUGACAAUGAGCCAGAGUUGGAUGUGGAUGAGAUCUUUGUCUGUGAAAACGACAGGGCGGAAACGGUGAUAGGAACAUUAAAAGCCCUAGAUGAAGAUGACCAGAUCCCUUAUUUCAGCUUCUAUCUGACCAAAAAGAAUGACAACUUCUCACUUAUAGACAACAAAAACAAUACGGCUGACAUUAAGGUGAAACAGGGGACUUUCAGCCUAGAUGACCCCAGGGAUUACAGCCUGGAGGUGGGCAUCAGCGAUGGUGGGCGACCUCCCAAGUCCAGUGUCACCCGUCUGCCCAUAAAGGUGUGUCGGUGUGAUGCCAGGCGGGUCCAGACUCAGUGUAAAGCAGCCACUCUGAGGAUGGGAGUCAGUGUCCACGCCCUGAUAGCCAUCCUGCUCUGUAUACUAACUAUACUGGUCAUCGUGAUCCUGAUAGUGUUGAGGAAGCGCUACAAGAAGGAGACCCUGGCCGGUAUGAAGAACAGCGGGGAGAUCCAUGAGCAGCUGGUUACAUACGAUGAGGAGGGAGGAGGGGAGAUGGACACCAAUGGGUAUGAUGUCUCCAUUCUCACUUCGGCUCGCCACGAUGGCUCCAUACUCCAACCCCCACACCCCUCUCUCUAUGCCAUGGUCCAGAAACCCCAUCACCAUGCUCCACCCCAAGCAUGUAAGGGGGACAUGGCCGUGAUGAUUGAGGUGAAGAAAGACGAGGCGGACCACGACAGAGAUGGGUUUCCGUACGACACUCUCCAUAUCUAUGGCUACGAGGGGCCCGAGUCCUUGGCAGGAAGUCUUAGCUCUCUGGAUAGUUCUUCCACUGGCUCUAGCCUGGAUUACGACUUCCUGAGUGAAUGGGGGCCAAGGUUCAGGACCCUAGCCGAGCUGUAUGGAGUGGAUGGUUCUGACAGUCACUCUCCGUACUGAAUGGCAUAUGUGCAUACUUGAUGCCAAAACACACACACACGCAAACAUGUCAACACACGAGUACACAACUGUGGCCAAAAACACACAUGGCAACACCCGUACAAGCACACUUACACAUUGCCAAGGUGCAUGCCUGCAGCAAACAUACACGUGUAUAACAUCCACACAAGUUUAUAAUCUUUCACUUUUGUUUGCGGAGGAGGAGCUUAGAACUACAGCAGCAGGCAACGUGUUCUCCAAAGAGUUUUCUAGCUUUCGAAAAUGGAAGCAGGACACGGUUGUUUGGUGAGCUGCCCAUUUUGGCUGGUCUCCUCAAUCUGCUAAUUGCAAAACUAAAUAAGUACUCAAUCAAAUACAAGUAAGCUCCACCAUGUGAAAUUAAGGUUAUUUAGUAGGAUAUCUCUUUUGAUGACGUAUCGCCCGUUGUUUCCUCACAGGAAAUCUUUGGGGGCAAUAUUUUAAAAGGUGUUCAAGAUGAUGUAGGGAGAUGAUGUCACAGCAGGAAAUGAGUGACUGUAUUGCAGGUGCGCAAGCAGAGUGAUUAUGAGCCACACACAACCUAUCAACACACAAUGCCAACACAUUUGUUCCACCACAAUACAUUUAUUUCUGGUUCCCGUUUUUCUACCUGUGAAAAGUCUUUAGGCAGCACUCACUAUUGGACACUGCCAUCUUUGUUUGACCUUCACUAUGAUGUCAUUAUAAGAUGUACUUCCUGUUUCCUGCUCUUAAUCACUGGUCCAAUCAGAUAACGCUUCUAAAAUACUCUCCUCUCAGACUGGCAGCCAGUCAGGGUCAGCUUGGUUAGCGGGCAGCUUAAUCAUGUUACUAUUUACCAUCCAUGUUAUAGAAUUUGGAUUUGUGAUGUUGCCUUGGAUUAAGUCCAUGUCACACUUCUAUCUGCAGCCUCCAUUUCACAUCCCUUUAUGUGUCGGUGAUGAGUAUGUUUACAUGCAUGAGAUGUUUCCCCAUGGGCAUAAUUGGUGGUCCUUUAAAUCUAUUCUCUGCAACAGCUUACAUGCUCUGAUGUGGUCUAACAGUUUCUAGGCAUUCACAUCAUCGAAAACACUUCUACACCUGACUUGAUACACAGUAAGAAGACUCCAGAAUUUACCAUGGACUCUGAGCCCAUACAGAAGACUGUAUUGUGUAUAAAUGGCUCAGUGUUCUUGUUGGCUGUAGAGCCCACCUGGCACAUCAUUAGGAUUUGAGCUCAACACCAUUACUGUCGAUGGGGCAAGGGAUUUAAAAAGAGCAAGUCAGAAACCAAAGACCUAAAAACCUUUCUGUUGAUCACUGUGGGCACAUUAGUUUGUAUGUAAACGUACUCUAUUACAAGGGAUUAUUGUUAUGUGAGAUGACUUCAUUUGAAUCAAGGACGCCAAACAUCUUAUUAUUGCUUAGGUGUUUGCCAUACUAAUUCGGUGUUUGGUUUAGAUUUUUUUUUUUUGUCUCUCUCUUGAGGUAUUGAUGAUCUGUAAUCUCUUAUUGUAUAACUGAUAUAUUUUUUUAUAUCAUACACAAAAAAUAUUUUUAUGGAAAUAUCCUGUUGUUUUUUUUAUUUGUAAAUAUGAACCCUAGUUGGGGGGUAUGAGGGGGAGACUAUUGUGUAAACCGUGUUGAGUUUAUUACAAACCUAUGUGGGUUGUUUGAGCACAGCCAGAACUCCAUUCAUUAAGGCACGGUCGACAAAUAUAUUCACUCCUUAUCCGAAAUACUCUUCAUCAAAGUACUCUCUCUCUCUCUCUCUAAAUACUGUUUUCUAUCACAAUUGUUUUCCCUUCGCGUUGUUUGAAGCUGGCUAUCUGAUGUAAAUCAGUUUUGUAAGUGAGUCAACCCGUCUAUUGUCUCCGAGUUAGCCUUCAGAAAAGCUCCUCUCGCCACCUAUUCCUAUCUUGACAGUGUUGCUCGCUUAGGGUCAGACAGAGACAAAUGGAAAAAUAUGUGGAAAACACACGGACAAGAGAGCAGAGAGACACACACACAGGCCAGUGCAAUAGCAAUGGGGAGAGACAGAGAGACAAGCAAACAGAGAGACCGAUACACAGAUAACCACACAGACAGGAAAGGGAAUUAGUGCUCUGACAGAAUUAGAGUGGUUUCCCACGUUUCAUUUGACAGCAGAACUCAACAGUUAUUGUUGAGAUGAAAGUCUGAUUCUCAGAGGGCCGCUGGAGAACGAGUCAUUCAAACAAAUGAGGAAGCAGAGGGUGGUAAAAACAGCUUGUGGAACAGCUUAGCUGGAGCAAAGGGCUGCUGGGGUGUCUCUGUAUGACGCUAAGGUGGCAUGAAUGAGUUUAACCUCUCAUCCUUUUAGCCACCAUAGAUCAGAAGUUGUCUCAGUCCUGAGUGUUUGCGAAUAUGGAUGUCUUCUGGGCAUACAUUAAGUAGUCGUCUCUAAAACAAGCCUGGAGUCAUGCAAUUGGGACGAUCUGAUUUAUAUAUAUAUAUAUAUAUAUAUAUAUUUGGUGUAAUAUAGUUUGGUGAAAUUAUAGCAUUUCAAUGAGGCUUACAUGUACAUACAUACGAAUGUAAUCAAAAUGGUUAAGGGUUUCAUUUCAGAGGACUUCUGAAAGUCUAGGGACCAUUGUGCUUCUGGUGGCUCGUUGUGUUUGUCUGUUUCGUCUCUGUGCCUGAAAAGAUGUUCCUCUACCGCGCAACCGAAGAUGCAACCACACAAAGGGAUGGUGUUUGAUACCAUUUUUUAUGUUUUUUAGCUCUGAGAAUUUUGUUUGCUUGUUCUGCUGUUUAUUCUGUUUUGUUUGGACCUAACUCUAUUUCCUGAAACGCUGGCCAGCCUGGAAAUACCAGCCUAUAAACGGUGGUGACAAUAGCUGGAAGCCUUAUCGCCUCUUUCCUGUUGGGUUCAUAUAUAUACACUUACAGCAGAAUGCCUCUGCUCCUCAAUCUCAAUCCACUCUUCUGUUUCCCUCCCCACUUGUUCUCUGUCUGUUUGUUCUUUCUCCCUCCCCGCUUGACUCACCGUCUCUCCCCAACCCCCCCAUUUCAUCAUUCAUCCACCCUCAGUCUCUACGUAUCGUCCCACGUCUCCCUGCCUUGUUCUCCUCUUCCUCCUUCCUCUAAUCAGUUAAACCAGUGGAGUCAACUUCCUGUACAUCUGCGAGUUAGGCCCGCCUCUUCCAGUCUAUUUUAUCUCCGCUGUGAGCCAACACAUUGUGCUCACUUCCUGUCAGCCUGGUUUGGGAAACAAUCAUGGAGAGGAAAAAAGAGAGAGGGAGGAAGGGGGAGCAGAGAACAAUGUUGUCGUGAUGACUUUACCAUCCGAGCAAAACCACUUGAAACCAAAGAUGUUUGCGUCGAGACACUGGUGCCAGUGGACGGCUAAACCCCGACAGCUGUGUUAAGAUCGUGGGACAUGGGCAGCUUGCUGAUGCCAGUAUUAUUUUUUUUCUUUUUUUAAUGCAUGUGAAGUAACUUGUGCACGUGGAGAGCAACUCAACUCACCCACUCACUCACAUGCUCACCGCUAGUUACACCGAGUCCUUAAUUAUCGGACUCAAUGACAGCUUCGCUCCGCAUCCAUGACACCAUGGGUCCUCCUUUGCACCGGCGAGAGUCACUGGAGUUGUCGGCAAUAUUGCCUCCCUCCAACGGUUAAAAAGGUUGCCUUUGCAUCACAAAUUUUAACAAUAUUAAUACUGCCCCAAAUUUCUUUUACUGUCUCAUGUUAUGUAUCAAAGACGUUUUAUGUUACGCUUUAUUUUUUAUUUGUUUGUAUUUUGUUAUUUUUACUGUUGUAAUGUGUCAGGUGAAGGGAUGGAAGGACACUAACUGGAGAGUUAUGAUUCAUUUUUUCUCAUUUCCUUCUGUGGGGAUAUAGUGAUGAUACUAGAUGAUAUAUCAGACACAGCAUGAUUUCCAUUUGUAAAAAUGUCACAUUUGAUAACAAUGCUAGACUAAUUUCCAACAGCAUAAGACUCGGUAGUACCAAGGACCUUUGAGCUUGAGACCUUUUGAGACACAACGUUAAUUUUGUCAGGAGCUAAACACUUUGGGUGUCUAGAAAAGCGCUAUAUAAAUGUAACCCAUUAUUAUUAUUUGAAGUUUUUAUUCUUUUGAGCAGUGCCAUAAUGUCAUGCAGGCAAGGACGUUAUAUUUUCAAAGUUGUGGAUUUAAAGUUGUUGUCAUGAGAUUUUUAAUUAGUUCCUUGCAGAUCCUAGUAUUAACACAUUCAUUUUGUGCCAUUUUCACUUAUAUACAAUUUGGGCAUGUUUUGUCUGGUCUGAAAUCAGUGACUUGCAGUGAGUCCAACAAUAGAGCCAGCAUAAAUUCUCAGAUUAUUCACAUUACAAUAGUAACUCAAUAGUAAAUAGCACAGUGUUCAUGGCCACAUACAAAAAAUGACAUGCAACUUGACUGACUGACUGACAAUAUAUACGCCAAAUAUUUUCAUACUUCCCACUGAUCCUAAAUAUGAUUACUCAUCUCCAUCACCUCAAAAGAGGUCCUGUGGCAAAAUACACACACACAGAGACAAAGAUAAAUACACAGAAAAUAAAACAUUUCUUACUGGUUGGACUGGUGCACAUGCUGUUUGUAUAGACGUGAUGCAACAGAAUGCAAAGUAAAGCCAAGGUUGUUCAACCUUCACAGCUGGUCACUUUGAAGGGGAAAAAAAAGAGGAUUUCUGGUUUCUGUUGGGCCCAUUUUGAAAAGAGAAUUGUCAUUUAACACUUAAAUAUCUGAUAUCUCACAGACUGCUGUUUUUGAGAAGUGAAUGGUGAACUUCAGCUCAUUGAGCAAUUCGGGGUUUUUUUCCUGUCUAAGUGAUUAUACAGAAGUCUUUGAAUGCACUCUUUUACUGACGCUCCUUUCUUUCAAAGGCCUGAUAGAGAGAUAUGAGCCCAGAAUACUUGUUGGGUUUUGAUUCAUAAUUCAAUAAACAAGGCUCCAAGCAAGAAGUGAAUUUACUGCCACUGUGUAUUUUACAUUGCAAAUUCGUCCAUAUAUUCUAUGUUGAUGAAUGAGUGUAGCUUGUGUGGAAAAUAUUGGUGUCCGACACGGUAUAUAGAUGAAAAAUGUGCCUAAGAGUGAUUUCUGGCCUACUGUUUGUAUUUAAAAUACUUUUUGUGGUGUAUGGAGUAAGACCUAGAUCAGAGGGGAAGGAAGCAUUUGUGUUUUUCAUGUCGUAUGUAUGUGUGUGUUCAUUCGGCAUCUUAAAACGCCCAUGUGCACACAUCUGCGUGUGACCCUACUUGUGUACAUACACACCGGUGUUGUUAGUAGUGAAACAUAUAAAAAAGGACAACCAUGUAGAAAUUCUUUUCCUGUUUCUUAUGUACAUAAAGUAAUGGUCUCCGAGGGAGCGACACGUGCCUUUAUUGUUUGUUAUGAAAUACUGUAAGUCAUUUUUGAUGGUGAACACAAUGUUUUCUAUAUUGUUUCUAUGGUGCAUAGCAACUACUUUUUAUUACCUGACAGUUUUGUAUGUGUAAAAUAAAUAUAAACAC